AUGGAGAUUGAGUGCUUUCUGGUCGCUAAGGGAAGCAGAGCUCCUAAAACCUCUGUGAAUAACAGCAGUCACGGCUGGCCCUUUCCCAGUCUGCGCUGGGUCACAGGAAAGGACCGUCUGUCAGGACUCAACUUGAUUCCUCUUACUGGUGGACAUGGACACAGUUGCAGCCCGGAGAAAGACGCAGAGGAGAUGGAGGAGCCGUCUGAUGAUUGCAGCUUAGGUCAUUUCUCAGAGCUGGAGGCAGCGGGCUGCCGAUCUAACCUUCAGUGGGGACAAAACGGCCUAGAUAAGAAGCUUCAAAGAUACAGAACUCAGCGCCUGGGGACCCAUCUCCACCGGGACACGACCCACAACCCAGAGUACCACACUAGUUCAGAGAGACUCAGCCAUCCGACUGUGUCCAAACGGCCCUGUUCCCACAAAUCAGCCAUUUCACACGUGCCAUUAAGACUACAGAUCAAAGUGAACGGACAGAGAGGUGGACUGGGAAUUUGUAUUGCAGGAGGGAAAGGCUCCUUGCCGUACAAAGAGAAUGAUGAGGGUAUUUUCAUCUCCAGAGUGUCUAAAGGCGGACCAGCCGAGAAGGCCGGGUUUCAUGUUGGGGACAGAGUGUUGGAGGUCAAUGGUCAAGACAUGCAGGAGGUCAGCCACCAUGAGGCUGUCAGUGUCUUGAGGAAUGCUGGGAGCUGCAUAAAAAUGAAAGUGCUGCGGGAGAGAUGCUUGCCCGUGGAGCCGUGGAUCCACGAGAGCUUUGACACCAUGGAGACAGCAGAGCUCCAGGUCAGCCAGGAGUGGGAUGUCACCAUGGGCAAUAACAGAUCAAGUGGCCCACAAUCCUCCACUGAUCCCACAAUGGACUGCAUCCCAUUGGCCAUCAGGAUGGAAGCUACAGUCUGCAAUGGACAUGGACUGAAUGAUCAGGUACAGGAUUUACGUCUGACGAAAGACACAGCUUGCUUCAAAAAUAAUGCCCAACAGGUUGUGAAAAAUACCAUGGCGAUUCCUCGGAUUAUUCUGACUCACCCCUCUACCGAUGAAGAGGUGGAGCCCCUGACGCAGGGCUUAGAUGAUGGAGAUUUUGAUUCAGACUUCAGCGACUCAGACGGUCACAUCUACUCGGACUGUCUGAACAGCACUUUCUAUCCCCUGUGAAAGAUAGAGCAGCACACCAGCUUCAGAUGUGCCUGCGUGCUCUGGUUAAGUGAAAUUGUUCUGGCUGUGGUCCACAGUCUCUGGAGCAGAAAAUGAGUGACGUGGGAUCGAUACUUCAAGCAAAGUCCACAGUCCCAUGAUGCUUGCAUCCCUAAAAAAAAUGAACUGUUUGGUACACCAUUGUGUGAAAGAGAUACAGAGAAAGUGGAAAGUAAAUAGAUAAUAUUUUUCUAAAAUGUUGCUUCUUACUUACAAACCUUACUUGCUUUGUGAAUGCUUUAUUUAAAUGUUUUUACUUGCAUCGUUUAUCAGUUGCCAAAAGUGAUAUAAACUUUAAAAAUUGUGCUGGU